AUGUCGGCUUUACAUCCCCCCGCUGCGGACCUUUGCAGCUCGGGUGUUGGUUCGAUCCGACAGCAGCAUUGUUCUGCAUGUCAUAUUCCGUCGUCGGAAUCCAUCACCGCGGAUGCUAUAAGCGACUCAAGGCUUCUGAAUGAAGGCGAUGCUGCGACUUCAGGGCCUCUCAAUCCUCCCGCGGUCGCCUGCUUGCGGCACCGCGGUCUGAGUCGGUGCCAGUGCUGCUCCGGUUGCAGCCACUCAGCACACGCUUCUGGUUCGAACGCGAGAAUAAAUCACCGUUCGCAGACUAGGGGGACGGCUGCGCUCCAAGAUCGCAUGGUCGCGCUGAACGGAAGCUCCUGUCGUGAAGUCGGCUCGGGUAUUCGAGUCGCUCGCGGUUCCCGCCGUCACCUUCCCGGCCGCCCGGUAUCGCUGCCAAGCAGCGAGGCAUCCGGUCGCGCGUCCAUCCGUCGGAGCGAAAGGCACGGUUCAGUGAGAUGCUGCCCUCACCGGCACACUCGCUGUUGUGGUCAGCGCCGCCGAAAGCAGUUCGCAUGCCAGAGAAGAGAACCGAUUCGGCGGGCCUCUUCGACUAGUGCCCACGCGCCGCCGCGUCAGUUGCUUGAGGCCCAGAUCGGUUUCCCGCUCGGCAGCUCUCCUUCAUGGCAGUUGGUUGGCAGGCCCUCAAAAGAUGACAAAGCUAAUUCCGCAGAGGACGCUGGUGUAGCUCCUGGGCGUGGGACGUGCCGACAGCAGAGCGGCGACUUCUCUCGGGGUCUACAGCCGCAUUCUGCUGCUGAUCCGCGCGUUCGUCACCCGUCAAGCUCCAGAAGCAACUCACAUGAAUUCGUUCUGUAUGCACCGCAGAAUCCGUCGUGUCCCAUUACGGCUUUAGCAGCCCGGCUGCUUGACCUCAUUCGAACAGGCGGCCCGAGCGACCGAUGCGCUGUUGACAUCGGAGGAACUCUCGCGAAGGUCGCAUUUGUCACCGAAAGCGAAACUCCCGCAACGUCCCGUACAGCGCACUGGACUCAAGACAUCGCCCGCGCCGAUUACUCUCAGUGCAUGGCGCAAUCGACGGCCGGGGGCAGGCGUCGUACCCGCUCUCUGGAGCGGGCGAGGAUACGGGCAGCUGGGUGUGACUCCCGAGACAGGCCUGUACUCCAGGGGCGGCAACAGCCUCGUCGAACGAGGGAGCGACGUAUUUCAAGUCAGUGUCAAGAGUGUGUGACAGGAGACCAUGUGGGCCUCGGCUACGAUAAAUCUGUUUCAAUAGAGAGGCACGUUGCUCCGACGUCUCCCCUGAAAGUGGGUGCGCGGCUUUCGGCAACAAAUAACGCGGGACGCGAGAGCGAGGCUGCGCCUGCGUGCAGAGAAGGUAGCAGGGUCCGGGCCUCUCUUCGUCAGGAGGACGCAGCGGGCUCUUGCUCGUCAGAGGACACUGCAGGGUCUGACAUCUUUGGUUCCUCGCCCUCACCGUCGGAGUCAGGUGCUGCAAUCGCACUCAACUCGUCCACGGCUUCGAGCACCCAGACAAGCUGUGCAUCUCUCUGCGGACCUGACGGUGAAGCGGGCGGGCGAAGGACAACGUUCUCUUCGAGCCUUGGGGGCGCUGACAACAGAACGGCCGCCCAACCAUCUGCACUUUGCUCGGAUAUGAGGCCUAAUCGAAGCGAGUCAUGUCUACGACGAAUCAAGGGCAAUGCAGGGGCGUCGCUGACAAUCCGAGCGACACCGCAUCACGUCAUCCGCUUCACGUACUUCCGGACCAAAGAUGUUGCCUCGCUGCUUUCGUUCCUACGAGCGUAUGGGUUUGCGCAGCCGGGUGGUAUACUCCGAGCCACGGGCGGAGGCGCUCACAAAUUUGGGCCUCUUUUCAUGCAGAAGCUUGGCGUUCAGUUAAAAAAACGCGACGAAAUGGAGUCGAUCAUGAAGGGCCUAGUGUGUUUGGCGUCGUCUACCAACUCCGUCUUUCGAUUCGACUUACAACACAAGAAGAGGAUCCAUGUGCAUGUAACCACCCCUCUAUAUCCGUUCCUCGUCGUCAAUAUCGGCUCCGGCGUCUCGAUUUUGAAAGCGACAGGUCCGUCGUCGUUUGUCCGCAUCACGGGUACGUGCAUCGGCGGUGGCACAGUUCUGGGAUUGGCAAGGCUGCUGUUCCACGCGAAGACGUUCAAGCAGGUGGUAAAGCUCUCCGAGAGAGGCACAGACUUGCUCGACCUCAAGGUUGGCGAUUUGUUCGGUGAUGCUGCGGGCAGCCGGUGCCUGCCAGCAGACACUCUGGCUAGCAGUUUUGGUAGACUGUAUCUCAUGACAUUCCAAGAAGAUGGGAAUCUUCUGAGAAAGAACUUGAGGAAGGAGGACAUUGCGCGGAGCUUGAUCCACAUGGUCAGCUACAAUCUCGGCUACCUUGCCUACCUUGUAGGGACCGCCCAUGGAGUUCGCAGAAUUUUUUUUGCAGGAAAAUAUAUCAAUAAUCAUGCAUUUACAAUGGAGUCGAUCACGCACGGAGUCAACUUUUAUAUGCGCCAAUACGAUGCCGCAUCCUCCGCUUCCAUUCCUGCAUGUCUCAAUCGGUGCAACUCUUCCCUGGGGGGCUCAGCAGCUGCGUCUAUGGCUGGUGACGCUGCCGGAACGGGCUGUGGGCCUCCUCAGGAUAGAAGAGGCAGUUCUGGAUGCGGACCUACCCACGGCGACGUGGGAGGGCUGCCACCAGCGAGCAGUAGUUCCCGCGAGAAUGAAACGACUCCCUUCGCCAGGCGGAAAAUUUCUGCUUGUUUCACACAAGCGGAGGAACAACCGCGGAGGAAGCUGAGAAGCUUGUCAGCGCCGCCAAGAAUGGGCGUGGAGCGCUGGAUUUGCAGCGGUCGCUGCGUUUCGUUCACAUCAAGCACUGCCUCAAGACGGAAACGUUCUCACCCAUGUGGAGGCCGCCCUAGCAUAGCCACAACACCCGACGGUGGUGGUGAACAGCAGCUUUACAGGGAGGCUCUCGACACAGCAAGGAUUAGGAGUGAUGAAGGCAUGGGCGUGACUGCACUGCGAAGUAUUCAAGGUUGCAUGAGGCUGGCGGGGCGGGCAUCAUGUUCGAAACCAACAAACUCGUCAGCAGAAGCAGGUGGUGAAACCGGGAAAGUGUCAAGUUGUUGUAACCCCCCGCUCGUUAGCGUGUUGGCAGCCCAGGGAGUAUCUCGUCCUCACUCUUGUUUUUGUUCUCCGACCAAAAGACUGGGUGAAAUAGGACGCAUCCAGGAUGUUCUCGAAUGCGACGCCUCUAUAGGGUGGGUUCGUUCAACCCCGGGGAGCGCGGUGUUGAACACCAGGCCGCAGCAGCAUAUCAAGCCGACUCUAAAAUACACCGCCCAGCGCGUGUCGCCAUCAGCUGCACCUAGCUAUCCUCAUCCACCGCCAUUCGAGGUGCUCUUUCUUCGGCAUGAUGGCUACUUGGGAGCCCUAGGCGCUCUGGUAGCUUCUGAGGAUUGA